AUGGCGCCCGUCGACCAUGCAGGCUCUCUACCUCAGCACUCCCUGCUGAUCCUCGUCUGGGCGUGUUUCAGUGUCGCGUUCCUCUUCGUCGCUCUGCGCACGGCAAUCCGCUUCAAGGUCGCGGACCGGCCGACGGCGGACGACUACUGGAUCUUCCUCGCCUUCGCGACGUUGCUGACGCUGUGCAUCCUCGAAACCAUCCAGCUCCCGAGCCUGUACUAUCUUGCGGCCAUGAUUGCGGGCGGCGCCGCUCCCAAAUCGAUAGUACAAUUGAUAUCCUCCACCGAGACGUAUCUGCGAUUCGAGUUCGCCAUCAUCAUCCUCUUCUGGACCGUCCUCUGGUGCGUCAAGGCGGGGUUUCUGGCCCUCUACUUCAAGCUGUUUCGAGAGCUGCGCCCCUAUCGCCGGGCGUGGUAUGUCCUCGCGACGUUCACCUUCCUCGCAUACGUCGGGUGCCUGAUCACGCUUUGCAUGUCGUGCGGGCCCAUCUCCAACUUUUUCUCGUUCGCGCAAUGUGGCAGGCCGGAGGAUGUGUGGGCAUCGAACUUGAGUGUCUACUACAGCACGGCUGUUGACGUUUUCACCGAUCUCUGCAUCAUGGCCAUGCCCCUCCGAUUGAUAUACAAUGUGAGAAUAUCGCCAAGGCAAAAGGUCGGCCUUGUCUGCGUCUUCGGUCUCUGCUUCGUCAUGAUCGCCUUCGCCAUCAUCCGGGCAAAACAGGUCUUGGUGCCGCAGUACUUUGUCAACCUGACCCUGCUGAUGAUCUGGUCCACACUCGCCGCGUCAAUAUCCGUCAUAGUCGGCAGUCUCCCCGCCCUCAAACUCUUCGUCACCAACCGCGCCUCCACAAGGCGCUCUCGCUACGGUUCCUCCGGGAGCAGGAGAAAGCCACCGUCCGACGUUCGCAGCAACAGUAUCCCACUCAGCUCGCUUUCGAGUGACAAGAAGUCACCCAGUGGACGGCGCCAUUGUAGCGGGGAUUCACAGGAAGAGAUACUCAAGUCCGACGACAGCCAGUUCGUCCUGGUUACACACGAUAUCACUGUCUCAUAUGGCGAAGUUGGCCACCCGGAUCCUGUCUACCAGAAUCGUCAACAUGUUUCUGGUUAUGGCGAGGCUGUGUGAUCUUCCACCGCGACCUUUCCCCGUUAUAUACCACUCUAGAGAUCGUUUCUCGCAAUGGGAACUUCGGGGAGUUUCCACCAGCUCUUCCAGCACAUCAGGACGGGGCGUGUAAUUGUUAAAAUAAAGACAUAAGAGGUCGGUAUGGCAACAAAGAGCAAGGAAAGUGGAAGGACGGUCUUGACGGUGUAAUGAUUAAUGUGCUGAUAAUUGUCAAGAAACUACCAUGAGAAGCAGAAGCAGGCUUAAACAUAGUAAAACAAUCGAUGCAAAUCUAUAACAACAGCAUACGUAGCAUUUAGACAGACAUAUUAUGUGCUCUCGUCUAGAACAAAUAGACAUCUAGUUUUGUU